UUAAUUUGGGGGCGGACAUAGCGGGUUGGCGUAUUGGUCACAUGACAUAUCUACAAUUUAUCACAUGACGUGUAUGAGGAAAUAUCGCAGCUGAAGAGGAGAAAGGUGGAUUGUCUUUGUUUUACUGUGGAUGUGCUACACAUUUUGAUCGAUAUCCGCCAAAUCGUCGAAAAUGAGUGCUAGUUUGGACAUCAGACUGAAAAGAGCAAAUAAAGUAUAUCAUGAGGGGGAGGUCCUUGCCGGUGUUGUGGCGAUAGUUAGUAAAGAGGCGGUCCAGCACCAGGGCAUCACUCUCACCAUGGAGGGAAUUGUCAACCUACAGCUUAGCUCUAAGAGUGUGGGAGUCUUUGAGGCCUUCUACAACUCUGUUAAGCCCAUUCAACUUAUCACGAGCAACAUUGAAGUGGUAAAGCAAGGCAAGGUGCCUGGAGGCAAGACAGAGAUUCCCUUUGAGUUCCCCCUGCACACAAAGGGCAACAAAGUGCUGUAUGAGACCUACCAUGGCGUUUUCGUCAACAUUCAGUACACCCUCCGUUGUGACAUGAAGCGCUCCUUGUUGGCCAAAGACCUGAGCAAGACCUGUGAAUUCAUGGUGCACUGUCUGCCACAGAAAGCCAAGCUGCAACCCACCCCGGUAGACUUCACCAUCACGCCAGAGACCCUGCAGAAUGUCCGCGAGAGGAGUUUGCUGCCCAAGUUCCUGAUCCGGGGCCACCUGGAUGCCACCAACUGUGUGAUCACUAAGCCCCUGACUGGAGAACUGGUGGUGGAGAGCUCUGAUGUGGCCAUCAAGAGCAUAGAGCUGCAGCUGGUCCGCGUAGAGACCUGCGGUUGUGCUGAGGGCUAUGCCAGAGAUGCCACAGAGAUCCAGAACAUCCAGAUAGCAGAGGGAGAUGUCUGCCACAGCCUCCCCAUCCCCAUCUACAUGGUCUUCCCCAGGCUCUUUACCUGCCCUACCCUUGAGACCAUCAACUUUAAAGUCGAGUUUGAGGUGAAUGUGGUGAUUGUCCUCCAUGACGAACAUCUGAUCACUGAGAACUUUCCUCUGAAGCUGUGCCGAGCGUGAGAGCCCAGAGCUCCACUACAAUGGAGGAUGGUCAGAGAAUAGUGCCGUUGACAUGCCUGGGCAAGAACGACCUGAAGUGACCAAGGACUCAAAGUCCAGAGAUAGCCAAGCCUACAAGUCCUGGCAGACAGUCAUAUCUGUUGGCUGGGCUUCCCUGCUCUGAAUCAAUGACACAGUCUAUAAGUACAUAAUGUUAUAUGGAUGUAUGUCUACAGUUCAGGAAAAAAAGCAAAAAAAGCAGAGGAAAAAGCAGAGGAUGUUCAAGAUUGUGGGCUACCUUUCAAUAUAAUAGUGCAAUUGUCAAAAUGGAUCAAGUAACUUAAUUGUGUAUCAAUUCAUGAUAUCGUUGAAGCCGCAUUGUUGCAUUUCAGAAGUCUUUUGGAGAGACAUUGCCCAUCAUUAGCAGUAAUAUGGUCAAUUUCUAACUGAAUGUUGGCACUGUCAAAAUGUAGCCCAAAGAACAUUCUAAAUGGAGGCAUUUCAAACUAACAAGGUAUUCAAAAUCAACCAAGUUAUUAAAUGCAUUUUAACAUUCCA